GAAAGAUAGAGAUCUAUGAAAAUGUCGACGGCGAACAUCGCUCAUAUUUGAAACGACUAUAAAAUGUAGUGGCUAAUAGGUCCUAUGAUGGGAAGAUCGGUGUGCCACACAGACCAGUGUGCGGCUGCAAAAUACCUUUCGAAAGUGCAGCAAAAUUUACAGUUUCGCGAAUCUCGAAGUGUUUUACGAGUUUACGUGUGAGUGUGUGUAUGCACUCGUGGGAAGAAAUAAGUUGGCAAAAUUUUAUAGUACUUUCCACGUACAGGUCAGUCCUAGCAGCAAAUCCGAUUGUGGUCCAAGGCAAAAGCCUCGAAGCCGCGGUAGGAACCUUUUUUAAUAAAAUUCUGCCACUCGAGUGCCCGUCGGUUCAAUUGUAGUCCCAGACCCGCAGAGGGAUUAGCACCCAACUUGUGUGUGGCUCAGGUGUUGUAACCGUUUCUUCGAAGCACGCGGCAGCCUCGCCUCUUAAGUGAACACCGGUAGCAGCAAUGGUUAGUGUGCAUUUGUUCUAACAGCUCUUUGUUCGACCGCUGAAAACACACCGAAUUUUGCUUUUGCAACUGUACGUCGAGCAUGGAUUUGACGAAGAAAGUGUUUGCCGUGCUGAUCUGUGGGCUUCUGUUGAUCGGUGCUGGUGGGCUAGUCACCGGAAGAGCUCCGGAGGAUCUUGACAAACAGCAGCUGGAACUGUUGCGAAAUGCGUUCAACGCGUUCGAUCAGGAGAAGAAAGGAUGCAUCGGCACUCAGAUGGUCGGCACCAUCCUGAGUAUGCUUGGACAUCAACUGGACGACAAGCUACUCAAGGAAAUUAUCGAUGAGGUCGAUGCCGACGGUUCCGGUGAGCUGGAGUUUGAGGAAUUCGUUACGCUGGCCGCCCGGUUCCUGGUUGAAGAGGAUGCAGAAGCCAUGCAGCAGGAGUUGAAGGAAGCCUUCCGCUUGUACGACAAAGAAGGUAACGGCUACAUUACCACUCAAGUGUUACGCGAGAUUCUGAAAGAGCUGGAUGAUAACCUGACCAACGAAGAUCUGGACAUGAUGAUUGAGGAAAUCGAUUCUGAUGGUUCCGGAACUGUUGACUUCGAUGAAUUCAUGGAAGUCAUGACCGGUGGAGACGAUUAAACGCUUCUUCGUUGUUAGCUUGUAAUAAUCGUUUAAUAUUAAUCUAUCUUCCACCUCUUUUUGUUAUUGAUUAAUAGCCGAAAAUUUCCACCUUGCUCUAAGUUUCAGUAAGAUCGCAAUAUAUUACAUAGUAGCACAAUCCAGUAAUGAGCAACCGCAAAGUUUUUAUUUGCAACGUAGCUAAGGGAACGGAACAAAAGUGUUUUACUGAUUUUGCUGGCCGGUACUGCUAUAGUAGGUGCUGUAUAAUUUUGAGUUCAGGUUCAAUUUAGAUAAAACACGCCCGCCAGCUAGCCAAUGCUUUAUUGAGUCAUAAAAUUUAACACCGAAAACUCGUGUACUCAGACAAAAAAAAGCACAAAACGAUAUAGUGUAAGCGCACGCUCGUGAAAGCAUUGUAGACCACCUACUAGCGGCAGCCCCCCCUGCAUCACGCAGACACGAGAGAAGAGCUGGUUCCUCCAACUUGUUGGAUAAACAUAAAUUGUAUUGUUGUACAAAAUAAAAUCAAUUUGUACCGAA